AUGAUGGGAAUUGCUCGUAACUAUGAUUCAGAUUAUAAUACAUUUCAAGCAUUUAAAAUUAGUAGAAGUGGUACCAAUGUAACUAUCGAUUAUGGUAGUAAUGGUACCGGUAAAAGCAUCAGUAACACUAUUAUGACUAUUCCAAAUAUGGAACUGUCAAUAAUUACAAUUAAACUACUUGCGAGAUUAAUUGCAUUUCAAUUACUUCUCCUAUCAUUACUACCUGUAACAGUUGUCACCGAUGAACUUCUCAAUGCACGGUGCCAAACAAUGUGCCUUCAUCAAUUAGAAAUAGCCAGUGGUGUAAGGAAGCAUACAAUUGUUGGCAAUCUAAAAAUGCCAGACCAAUUGAUGAUGAUGAUUGACAACGAUGAUAAUGGUAACGAUGACGAUAAUGAUGGUGAUAAUAAUGAUAAUGAUGAUAAAGUGACGAUGAUCAGUGUUGCUGAGCUUGCUAAUAAUAAUCAUAAUAAUUCUAAUGCAUUAUAUUAG